AAAAUAUAAUAACUUCAGUUUAUAAGAUUCAGCGCUGCAGAGAAAAUGGAAUCCGGUUUGUCACGUGACAACAAUAAUUGUUUAAGAGAUGAAGUUCAAUUACUUACAGAGGAAAUAGAAAGUUGUUCCGGUUUAAAUCUCUUUGCAAGAUGUUGGAAGCCUAAGGCUGAACAUGAGCUAAAAGGAUUGGUAUUCAUAAGUCAUGGAUUCGGUGAGCAUCUAGGAUGGUAUGAUGAACUGGCCAGAGAAAUGGUUCGUCAUCGGUUUCUUGUAUUCGGUCAUGAUCAUUUGGGGCAUGGAAAAAGCGGUGGAAAACGUGCUUACAUCGAAAGAGCAGAAGAUUAUGUGAAUGAUAUUUUAAUGCACGCAGCAAAAGUGAAAAAUCAGUAUACAGGACUAUCUAUGUUUCUUUAUGGGCAUUCUAUGGGAGGAAUGCUGGCUGUCUCAACUGCACUUAGAAACCAGACGUUUUUCAAAGGCCUCAUUCUAGAAGGUCCUUUAAUAACUCCAGACCCUGCUCAAGCUACUCCUUUAAGAAUAUUUCUUGCAAACCUUCUUGUUUAUUUUCUUCCAGAGAUGCAGCUUGGACAUAUUAGUGUAGAACAAGUUACUUCUGACCAAGAAGUUCAAGCAAGAAUAUUAGGAGACAAAUACAGAUGGACUGGAGGAUUCAAGCUAAUCACAAGUUUAGCUAUUCUCAGAUGUUUGGGUGAGAUUCGAUGCAAGCUGAAUACAAUCUCUCUUCCUAUUCUGAUUCUCCAUGGUGGGAAUGAUUCUUUAUGUCAGCCAAGUGGGUCUCACACACUGUACCAGGAAUGUACAUCAAUGGAUAAGGCUUUAAAAAUAUAUCCAAGAGCGAGUCACCAUUUGAUAUUAGAGGAACUUCCAACUAGACAGGCAGUGUUUCAUGAGAUUUUAUCUUGGCUGAACAAGAGAACAGACUCUUUAGAAAUUUAACCGGAUUAAACCUUCUUUUACGGGAAUAAUCGAAACUGAAACUUUUAGAGACAGGAAGUUUUAUUUUCAAUAGACGCUCCUUGCUAGGAUGGAAAUGCCUGAUUCACAACGGUACCCCGUAAAGCUUUGUCUGGAUUAGAAUUCUAUAUUGUUUGUAAUUUGGAAAACUUGUUAUUUUGAAUUCUUUUUUCUAUGCAACAGUGACUUGCGUAUUUUUACUGUAGGAAAACAUAAGAAUUAUCUUAAUUCAAUUUUGUUUUAAAAAAAACUCAAUUUUUUCAUAAUUAUUGAUCAGAUUAAGGUUUCAAGGGUACCGUAUCAGACAUUGCUAUGUUUGCGUGUAGGGUGACCUAACAGUACGCUCUUUCUGUCUCUUUAAAGCUAAAAUCAAAUCUACAAAUUUUUAUGUUAUUUCUGAUAUCUGGCAUGCCCAUUGCAAGUAAAGGAAUAUUUUAUUACUUAUUUUUAUAUGUAUAUGUAUCUUCAUAUCAGUUUUAAACAAAUAAAAAUGAUAAAUUUAAAGAAACUGAAAUGUGAAGAAACUGAAAUGAUGAAAUUAAAGUUCAGGGUUACCGACUAAGGAAGAGACUUGAAUGAUGACCUAAAUCUAACGAUCUAAGGGUUGAACCUGGAGAAUGAUGCCUUUAUAAAAAAAUUAUGUGUACAUCGUCUCUAGGGAACUAUAGGAAUUCAAGUGAACAGGCUUAAAUCAAGUCUGUACAGUCGUCUCUGAAGUCGUAUCCUUUGAGGGUAACCCUGUAUAAACAAGAUUAAAUGUUUGGUAGUUGAAC